AAAGAGAGGGAGGGACAGCAGGGAGGAGGGAGGAAGGUGGUAAGGUAAGGGUCGGGAAGGCGGCCCGGGAAUAGCAAUUGGCGACGGAUUUUGUCUGUUGGUUUCUUGAAGAAUUUGAUCAGGUUGGUUGAGAGGGCGGCGACUGAGUGCGACCGAGCGGCGCAGGAGCAAGGCAGCAGAGAGGAUUCGGAGGUUUGGCAGAACGAUUAUUGUGGAUCAUGCGAGCGGACAGGUUAGGCCCUCGUCGAUGUCGAGAGUUGGCUGCUUUAGAGGAAGGCUGGGAGGGAGGGACAUGUUUAGGUCUGAAUAUAGUUUGGAAGUGGAGGUGACGAGUUUCCCUGAAGAUUCUGAGUUCCCAUCCCCUGGCAGAUGUUGUCCUUGGUUACGGGAUAAUCUCGGUUUCCCAGUCGUAUCGUGUCCCCUUAUCAUGGUCUACGUCGGUCACGAAUUCUGACAGGCGAAUCUUGCUUUAUUGAGUGUGGGGUGGACGAUGGAGCGGAUUAGGUUGGAUUCGGUAGAUUUGAUGGGCGUUUGACUGCGAAUUGCAAACACGCUGCGCCUGAUCUGUGACUCCCCUCCCAUGAGAGCCUAGAAGCCAUGUCAGGUCCUUGGUUGCCCCCCCGUUCCCGGAGUAGAUGCCCACGGUGCGCGAAUCCUCCCCCGCCGAAGAAAAAUGGACCGCUGAGUGCCUGUGAGGUUCGUAAGGGCUGUUGUUCCUGCUCGUGAUGUGUUGAAAGUCGUCGCGGGCUUGGCUCCAGAGACAAAUUGGAAUUGAAUCUUGUGUGUCUGGUGUAUGUGGCUUGUGCAUCAAGUGGCGUUCGGAACAACAGCAUCUGAAGAGAUGACCUUGAAGUGAAAUAGGCAGCAGGGUUUUGAGUCGGACCUCGGGCAAGAUGAUAGGCGGUGGGGUGUUCUGGGAAGAGAACAUGGUGUCGGCUGCGUCUCGCGAGUUUUUGUCGCUGCGCCGCGAGAACGGCGACUCGUUCGGGCCCUUCGGCGGCUCGCGAGCUGCGCACUCGGCCGCCGCUGCGGCCACCCAAGACGCUCUAAGCAAGUUCAAGGGCUCGGAUCCCCCGUACAGGUGCCCAUCGGCCGACAGCCCCACGACCACGCUGUCCAUCGGGGGCGACUCCAUGCCGCCUGCGGGCGCCAGAAUCCCCGACGACCAGAGCCGCGAGACGCUGCUCCAAUUGAAGCCCUGGUCCGUGAGCGCGGACAUGCCCAGCCGUGCGCACGGGGCGCAGCAGCCCCAGGUUUCGAUGGACCACAGCGGCGGCGGCGAGUACACCAGCCAGGAUAACUCCAGCAAAGGGGUGAAGAGGAAGCGCACCGCGGGCGCGAACAGAGCAGGGGAGCAAGGGAGCUCGGAUGCGGACGAGGAUCGCGAGGUCGAGAAGGGCAUUGUGCUGUGCUGGGGCACUCUGAACAAGGGCAGGAGCACGGGCGAGUCGCCGGCCCCGGUGCAAUUUCCCAGCAAGCACGCCAGCGCGAUUGAGUCGCAGGUGCUAUUGGGCUUGAGACAGAACGACAAUUGCUCGGGGAGCUCCGAGGACUACUCGUACCAGUACGGAGCCGCCACUCAGGAUCACGGAACGCUGCUGCGCCUGGGGCAGACGGGCGCAGGAGAAUCGAACGCCAGCCAGAGGAGAUUUGCGCCCUCCAAGGCGCCCGGCGUCGCGGUCUCCGGAGGCGAGGGCGUGCACUUGGGCCUGGCCCCGGCAGGAGGCACUAGCUCUAGCGAGGCGCCCAGGUUCGAAACCACCAUGGACGGCGUCCCGGUGGUGGACGAGGGCUCCUCGUCGGCGCGGAUGUCGAAAACCGGAGGGGGCUUCAUGCCGGCCUUGCUCAUGGGCAGCCAAAUUCGGGUCAAUCCGUCGCCACUCAAUCACCAGCAGCAGCAGCAGCAGCAGCAGCACCAGAGAAUCUCGAGCUCGGAAAUUCCCAUCUUCCAGGAGGACCCCGGCGUGAGCGAGCAGGAGCUGUCGAUGAGCAUUCGCGCGUCCACCAGCGGGGGCACCACGUCUACGAGCGGGGCGUCGGGGCUGAGCGACCGCGCGAACAAAGUGUGCAAGUUCAGGGGGUGCAGCAAGGGCGCGCGGGGCGCCUCGGGCCUGUGCAUAGCGCACGGCGGAGGGAGGCGAUGCGAGAAGCAGGGGUGCAACAAGGGCGCCGAGGGCAGGACCGUGUACUGCAAAGCGCACGGCGGAGGCCGCAGGUGCCAAAGCCUCGGGUGCACGAAGAGCGCCGAGGGGAAGACGGAUUUCUGCAUCGGCCACGGCGGAGGCCGCAGGUGCAGCCACGAAGGGUGCGACAAGGCGGCCCGCGGGCGCUCGGGCCUGUGCAUCCGCCACGGCGGAGGAAAGCGGUGCACGCACGAGAAUUGCACCAAGAGCGCAGAGGGCUACUCGGGGCUGUGCAUUUCGCACGGGGGCGGGCGCAGGUGCCACUUCCCGGAAUGCUCCAAAGGCGCCCAGGGCAGCACCUUGUACUGCAAGGCGCACGGCGGAGGCAAGCGCUGCAUGAUCCAGGGAUGCAACAAGGGCGCCGAGGGCAGCACUCCGCUGUGCAAGGGCCACGGCGGCGGCAAGCGCUGUAUGCACGACGGGGGCGGCAUGUGCACCAAGAGCGUGCACGGCGGGACGAUGUACUGCGUGGCCCACGGCGGGGGCAAGCGCUGUCAGGUCGAAGGGUGCUCCAAGAGCGCGCGCGGCAGGACGGAUUUUUGCGUGCGCCACGGGGGCGGCAAGCGCUGCAAGGUCGAUCAAUGCGGCAAGAGCGCGCAGGGCAGCACCGAUUUUUGCAAGGCCCAUGGCGGCGGCAAGCGCUGCCAGUGGGGCGUCGAGGGCUCGGGAUUCGGCGAGCCCGGCAAGGAGGCCUGCGACAAGUUCGCCCGGGGCAAGACGGGGCUAUGCGCCGCGCACAGCGCCCAGGUGCAGGACCGCCGAGUGCACGGGGGCUCGGGGCUGGGGCCGGGGCUCACCCCCGGCCUCUUCCGAGGGCUCGUCUCGAGCUCGGGCCAGAGCCGCUGCUCGUCGCUCGGCGGUGGCGCCUCCUCGAGCUCCACCAGCGCCAUGUGCAACACCAGCGCCCGCGAGGAGCGCACCGUCCACGGCAACAGCAUGUACAGCGGCCUGAGCGGGCUCAAUUUCUCGUCCAUGUCGCGCGGCGCUGCCAGCAGCGGGUCCAACAUCUCGUCCGUGACCAAUGUGGGCCUGAGCGGCCCGAGCUCCACCGCUGCCGACGUGCAGCAGCUCCUGCACAGCCGAGCCGCCCAUGGCAGUGGCGCUAGCGCCGAUGCGACGCCGGCCCAGGGCUUCGGGCACUCUUCGCUCAUCCCGCCGCAAGUGCUCGUGCCUCUGUCCAUGCAGAAGAAGGAUAGCAACGCCAGCUUCUCCAGUCGGCACAUGCUCGGGCGCCCUCCCCGGCCGCCCAUUCAUCACAUGUCUGACGAUGCCGGAGUGUUCAACAUGGGUCCCUGCUCUCUGUCGCUCCCCGAGGGCCGAGUCUACGGAGGCGCUGUGCCCGAGGGCCGAGUGCACGGAGGCGAAGUGCAGGGCGGUGGCAAUGGUCUCGCUGUCCCCGAAGGAAGGGUUCACGGCGGUGGGCUCAUGGCUCUGCUCUCGCGCGACGUGAACGCCAGCCCGAGCGAUGGCAUGGACUCCGUUUCUCUGGGCAUGGCAACCUCGCAGUCGAUCGAUGUUAGAUGGGGUCACCAUUCUGGCCCUGCCGAUUACGGCUCCAGUGUUCUCAUGGACGAGCCUCACAGAAUGCCAGAGCGGCGAGUUGUCGGCGGUUCACUGGGUUCGGAUGUCGGCCAGUUCCUGGCAGCUCGGAUGAAUCUGAAUUUCAGCUGAGUGCAGUCGUUCGUUCGUAAACUAUCUAUUAUCGCCAUGGGUUUGACAGUGUGAGCCGGUGGAGCUUUAGAUCCAUUGAGCCUGCGACUCGGAAGGGGUUGGCUGAAUUCUUGUGGCGUCAGUGUCGGGCCAGUAUCUUGCUGCCAGUGGACCUCUGAUCUCGUUCCGCAUUCAUCUACAAAUCGUUACUAACUGAAUAGAUAGAUCUAGGGUAUUGGACGUACAUUCAUUGCUUUCAUGUAAUUAUCCACCUGCGUCAAGUUCCUACCCAUAGGCAGGACUCCAUUUAUUUAACCUUCGAUAUGUGGGUUUCAAAGAAGGAAGCCUUGGUCAUGUUUCGAGUAGUCAUUAGUGUGUACAAUCUUCUGGAGUUGUGAUUUGUGUUAUAGAUGGGGAGAUGAGGUCAAAGGCUUGUGGACUGCCUUCCAGGUUAUGCCACGAGCACCUCAUGAUUCUUCUUUCAUCAACCAUUCUUCCAUCUUGUAUUUACACUCCCUUCAUUAUUAAUACUAACGAGUCAAUGUUCAUUUUU